AUGGCCAAACCAGCGGUCGGUCGUGGCGAGGCGCUUCUGCUCAAGAUCAAGAUCGAGAAGGAGCGAGAGAACGCGGGAGGACCCAGCGAAGACGAAGACGAACGCGAAGACACCAAGACCCAGGUCCACGCCGAGCCCCUGGACAGCCAGGCCGUCGAGGACAACCAAGCCGUCGAGGACAGCCAAGCCAUCGAGGACAGCCAAGCCGUCGAAGACAGCCAGGCCGACAGCGAGGCCGUCGAGGACAACCAGCUCUUCGAGGAACAGCCCGAGGACGCCGAGCUCCAGGGCAAGCAGCUCCAGGACAAGAGCAGCGAGCUCAAGGAGAGCGAGGUCAAGAACACCGAGGACAACGAGCCCAAGGACAAGCCGCCCGCCGAGCAGCUCGAGAACAGCAGCCCCGAGGAGAAGCAGGUCGAGAACAGCCAGCUCGAAGACAACAAGCUCGACGUCGUCGUAUCCAGGCUCCAAGGCGUCCAGUCCCAGCUCGUGGAGGUCGAGGGCUGCCUCGCGCCAGCGACUCAGGACUCGCCGGUGACCGCUCCUGACGAGGACGCCGAAAGCAUGGCGAGGGCGUCUUCCCAGCGGCUGUCGAGCCGCUGGGAGCUGUGA